UCAUUUCUUCAAUUCCUUCACUUCUUUUAGAAAAUGAGCAGAGAUGGAGAUUGGAUGUGUGCUGCAUGCCAACACCUAAAUUUCAAGAAACGGGAUGCAUGUCAACGAUGCAGCUGUCCAAAAUACGCAACACCGGCUGAUGUUGCCAUGUAUGGACUAAACAAAACUGAAGUCUUGGCUGGAGACUGGUUUUGCAGUGGUAUGAACUGUAGUUCUCAUAACUACGCAAGCAGAACAAGUUGCUAUCGAUGUGGUGCCUUAAAAAGUGAUUAUUAUGGCAUCGGAGCAGGAAUGAUGGCAACGACAGGUUAUGGAUAUGAUUCAAGUGCUCUUCCUGGUUGGAAGAGUGGUGAUUGGAUUUGCAGCAGAUUAGGAUGUGGUACGCACAAUUACGCCAGUAGAGCAGAAUGUUAUAAGUGCAAGACACCUAGGGAUUUCGGUGAGCCAUCUUCCUUCUGAUUCUGGAGGUGACAUGAGAGAAAGUGAAUUAUAUUGAGGGACGUGGCGACACUAAGUUACUAUUGAAGAUUUAGCCUUCAAACAACCCUUCUUCACUCUUGCUUUUAGUUUUUUUCUUUUCUUCUUUCUUUAGAUUAGUUUCUUGAAGAAGGGUUUAAUUUCUAGCUGCAUUGUAACUGUGCAAGUGUUAUAAUGAAGACGUUCCUUCA